AUGCCUAUAGAAGCCCUAUGUGAAGCAUAUAGCAAUGAUGAGGACAGAGCAGGAAAUCCUGCUUUUGAUGCUGUUCAGCAGGAUUUGCACAUCACGGUUGAAGAAAUCACAGCAAGCUAUCUUUUGGGACCUCCCAACAUUCUCCUUGCGGUCAUGGGUAUUAGCCACACUAUAAUCUCUGGCUCUUAUGCUCUCCUUGUCUUCUUUCAUGGCACAUUUAUCCCUCAAGAUCUCGAUAUCUAUGUUCCUGUGCAGUGGAUGCAUAUCCUCAAGGCAUAUAUUGUGGAGAGAGGAUGGAAGGAGAAUGAUGACCACAAAGACACAGCUUAUGACAUGGCCAGUGUUCUCGACAUUCUGCUCUUCAAGCAUCCUCAAAGCAAUCGGACCAUCAAUAUUAUCAUAUCCCACACAAGCUCUGCCAUUCAACCUAUUGUAGAAUUUCAUUCUACUCUGGUUAUGAACUAUAUAGCCUCAUAUGGAGUGGUGUGUUUAUAUCCCACAUUGACGCUCAUGGGAAAGGGGAUAAUCAGGGUUCAAACUGACAAAACUCGUCAAGGCUUUGACAAGUAUCAACAACGUGGAUUUGAUCUUCAAGCAUCGACAUCUGCCUAG